AUGUCCCACUCGGAAAUCAACCCAUCCAUCCUCUACUGGGGCACUCCAGUCGUCCUCAUCACGACGGAAAACGAAGAUGGGACAUACAACAUCGGCCCAAUGUCUUCCGCUUGCCUGCGCACGAAGCAAUGUGUCCUCAAUCUCCCCUCCGACGACAUGACCUCCGCAGUCAAUGCCCUUGCCCGUACGACCGGCACUCCAGAGGUCCCAGCAGGGAAGAUCGCGCGAGGCUAUCGCCACGUCAAAGACAAGUUUGGCGCCGCAGGCCUGACGCCCGAAACAUCCGCCAUGGUUCGCCCUCCUCGCAUCAAAGAAUGCCCUGUGCAGAUGGAAGCCGAGCUGCAUGUACAUCACAAUAUUCUGACUCACAUCUUGGAUCCGGAAGGUGGUGUCCCGCUGGCUCUCGAAGUGAAAGUGCUCAAGACGUAUGUGGUUGAUGAGUUGCGUCUUUCUGGGCAUACCAAUCGUAUCGAUCCAGACAAGUGGAGGCCCAUGAUCAUGAUGUUUCAACAUCUGUACGGGCUCAAGGGCGGAAUGUUGGCGGAGUCGACGUUGGCGGGCGUUGAGGAGGAGUUGUAUAGGAUGCCUGCGACCAAGUCCAGUUGGGCUGUUUGA